CCUCAAGUUGAAUUUUUAUUUCCUCUCUGGUUUUUUGUCUUUUCCUUCAUAGAAAUGUUGUUCAAAGGCUUAUACUUUCUGGCUGCUUUGACUUUGUCAGGUUCCGCAUUGGCCGCUACCACCACUAGCCUUCCCCCCGCCUCUACGACUGCUUCAGCAUCUGGUGCCAUCGACACUGCUACGGGCUCUGCCACCGGUAACUUCACCUUCAAAGAUAAAUAUCCUGCUGCCAAUUCCGUUCCUGUUCCCAAGCCUGAAUGGGUCGCUCUUUUGAACACCAGUGCCAUUGCCAAGGCUCCCGUCUACAGUAACAACGCUGGACCAAAGCAAUCUGGUAGUGCUGACCCUUACUGCGACUGGACUUUCACCCUUUGCACUCGACCUGAUGAUAUCGUUGAGUGCCCCAAGGGUCAAUGGGGUAUCACUUAUGAUGAUGGUCCCACCCAAUUUUCUCCAAAGUUGUAUGACUACCUUGACAGUGUUGGUCAAAAGGCAACCUUGUUCAUGAUUGGUGGUCAAGUCCUUCAAUACCCCGACCUUGUCCUCCGCGCUUUCAAGGCCGGACAUGAGAUUGCUAUUCACACCUUCUCUCACUCAUACCUCACCACUCAAAGCACCGAAUCCAUCGUUGGUGAACUCAAGUGGACUGAGCAAGCUAUUUUUGAAGUCACUGGUGUCCACCCCAAGCUUUUCCGCCCCCCUUACGGUGAUAUCGAUGAUCGUGUCCGUGAUAUUGCUAAGCAACUUGGAUUUAUUCCCGUUAUCUGGAACCACGAUACCGAUGAUUGGAUGUUGGGUGAAGAUACCAGCUUCCAAGCUGACUGGAUCGAUGCCAAUGCCACUGCAUGGGUCAACGAAGCUUCUAAUGCUACUGUUGGUGGUGUCUCUCUUGAACACGAUCUGUACUCCGGAACUGUUGAUGCUGCCAUCCGUAUUCUUCCCAUCUUGAAGAAGGCCUACGAUGUUAAGCCCGUUGGUGCUUGUGCUGGCAUGGCUAGUGUCUACAAGGAAGGCAAUGUCACUGUCUCUGCAAGUGCCAGCAGCCUCGCUCCCUCCAGCACUGCUGGUUCUUCUGCAUCCGCUUCCGUUGUAUCAAACGCCGGUGUUAACGGUGCUGGUAGCUCGUCUGCCGGUCCCGUUGCUACCGCCAGUGGAGCUAACAAGCAAACCGUUGGUCUUGCUCUGACCGGUCUUGUGGCCAUCGCUGCUGCUGCUUUGUUCUAAGCAAGCUACCCCGUAACCCCAUCAGUAGCCCUACCCCCUAUUGUGUGCUUAAUUCCUCCAAUUUUACUCGUUUUUGAUGGUACUCUUCAUGAGACCAGAGGCCAAAAAGUGAAUAGUAACGCUAUAAAUAUACUAGAGUUUUCACCUCAUUCAUCAUAAUUUACAGCAUCAUAGCAUCUUUAUAAAUUGUGUUUUUAGAUUUUGUUAAUAUUUUUUAUAACCAUGUGUCCGUUUCGACUAUGAUAAAAUUUUCUAAGAUGUGUUUGCUUUUUGUCGAGUAACAUCAAGCGAAUCCUACUCCUGAAAUUAUAGCUCAGUCCGAAGGACUGAUCAAAC